AUGAUUGAUUUGGGAGGUGAAGCUAGUGCAAUUUCGGAAUCAGCAAUUCAAACACUGGGUUUGAAUAAAACAAGAUGCCUCAUCAAUGUGGAUCAUCUGGAUCACGUCCAAUCAAAGAGUAAUGGUGUUACCAGCUUCCAGAUUCAUUCCACGAAUUCAUCAUUCACGACUGAAGUUCAUGCUUUAGUUCUCAAAUUGUUGAUUCAUCGACUUCCAUCGAAAGAAAUCUUCUUUUCGAAUUGGUCGCACAUCAAGAAUCUACCACUCGCCGAUCCAAAUUUCAAUCAAACCGGCCCAAUUGACAUCAUUUUGGGAGCGGAGAUUUAUGGCGAAAUUGUUCUCAGCGAAGUCAUGAAAGGUCCCCAGGGAACGCCAACUGCACAAAAAACUGAGUUGGGAUGGAUUCUCUUCGGAAAAGCUUACAACAACAAUUAUCAGUCAAUUUCAAUGAACACAGUCCAAGUUGGUGAACUUCUACAAAAAUUCUUUGAAAUUGAAGAGAUUUCGGAAGAAAGAAUACACAGCCAUGAAGAUCAAUACGUGAUUGAUUUCUUCAAUAAAAACUAUCGGAGAGACGAGGAAGGCCGUUUCAUCGUGAAAUUUCCAUUUCGCACACCACUGCAUCCAGAAGCUGUUUUGGGAAAAUCGAGAGAAAAUGCGCUAAAACAAUUUCUACAAUUGGAAAGAAAAUUUGCGUACAACCCAAAGUUCAAAGAAGAAUACGCAAAAAACAUCAAUGAUUACUUGGUUCAAGGUCACAUGCAUGAACUUUUCGAUACAGAAUCGGACCGUUUAUAUUACACCGAAGACGGUCGUGCUGCUUAUGACUGUUUCUAUCUGCCACAUCAUGCCGUUAUCAAAGAAACCAGCACUUCAACUCGUUUGCGUCCAGUCUACAAUGCCGCAAAAAUAACUUCAAACGGCAAUUCGUUGAACUCAGUGCUUUUCACCGGACCAAUGCUUCUCAACGAUUUAGUAUCGAUUUUACUGAAUUGGCGAUUUCAUCGAGUAGCUUUCAUUGGUGAUAUUCAACAAAUGUAUCGCCAAAUUCGUGUUGCUGAAUGCGAUAUAACUUAUCAACGAAUUCUUUGGAGAGACAAUCCGUCUGAAAAAUUGCGAGAGUAUGGUAUCAGCCGACUGGGAUUUGGCACAAAUUAUGCACCUUGUGGAGCGAAUCAGUGUGUCAAAAAACUUGCUGAACUGAAUAGCAAUGAAUUUCCACAAGUUGCGGAAGUGAUGAAAAGAGAUAUCUACAUGGAUGACACCAUCACCGGUUCCCACAACGUUAGUAGCGGUCUCCAAAUUCAACGAGAUUUGAUACAUAUUUUCGAUUCUGCUGGUUUUUGUAUCAAAAAGUGGGCAAGUAAUUCGGAGGAAAUUUUAGCGGCGGUUCCAGAGUCAGAUCGAGAAAUUAGUAUACCAUUUUUCAUCAAUCCGGAUAAGAAAAUCAAAACGCUUGGUAUCUUUUGGAAUACCUCUUCGGACACUUUGAAUUUCAACAUUAGCUAUGAGGACAAAGAGAUCGUAACGAAACAAUUCGUCUUAUCAACAAUCGCUCGCAUUUACGAUCCUCUCGGCUUGGUAUCACCGAUCACUGUGAAAACCAAGAUCUUCAUGAAAUCAUUGUGGUCAUUAAAUCUUGAUUGGCACGACCCUUUGCCAACAAAAACACUUCGCGAAUGGAAGGAAUUCAUCGGCAAGCUGCCUUUACUUUCUUCAAUCAAAAUACCGCGUUGGAUUGGAGCAUCCCCGAUUUGUUCAUCAUUUCAAUUACAUGGUUUUUCGGAUGCCUCAACUGAAGCGUAUGGUGCUGGUAUUUAUCUACGUUGUAUCGAUGAAAACGGAGAAAUUCACUCAAAAAUCAUUGUCUCGAAAUCAAGGGUUUCUCCGAUCAAAAUUCAAACAAUUCCACGUUUGGAAUUAUCGGCUGCUUUGAUACUGGCGAAACUUGUCGAGUAUACACAAAAAUCUAUUCGUCAUCAAAGUUUUAACGCUUCGAAUGUAUUCCUUUGGUGUGAUUCACAAGUCGUACUUCAUUGGCUGAAAGGUGAUGCGAGAAAAUGGAAAAUCUUUGUCGCAAAUCGUAUCACAAAAAUUCUUCAGACAACCGAAUCACAUCAAUGGAGAUAUGUUACAACUAAGGAAAAUCCAGCUGAUUUGUUAUCAAGGGGAUUGUUUCCAUCAGAGCUUGAAAACAACGAACUUUGGUUCUCGGGACCAGCUUGGUUGAGAUCGCCCGAAAAUACCUGGCCCUCUAAUACAAAAACGGAGAAGGAAGCGGUGAGAGAAAUCGAAUUGGCUGAUGAGUUGAAACCUAUCAAAAUCAAUGUUGUCAACGUAGUUUCAACUCCAACUCAAUAUCUUCUCGAUUAUUGUGCUGAAUUAGUUCAAUUAUUGAGAUAUACUGCUUGGUUCCGUCGAUUUUUUCAAUAUUUGAAAGCCAAACAAGAGGUUAAAAGGGGAUCGCUUAGCGUUACUGAACUGAAUAAUGCUAAUCUUCGUUGGAUUUCCUUUGUGCAAAAGGAAAAUUUUGGAAACAUAGCGCUUCUUGUUCAAAGUCAAAGCAAAGUUAAACAUCCGCUUUCGAAAAUGAAUCCAUUUUUGGAUGAAAAUGAAUUACUGCGUGUUGGUGGACGAUUAAGCUUUUCGGAAGCCAGUUAUGACCAAAAACAUCCGUUCAUUCUGCCGAAAGAAAGCCAUUUCAGCAAAUUGGUUAUCCAACAUCAUCAUCAACUUGCAUUGCAUGCCGGCGUACAACUCACCUUGGCCGAAAUUAGACAGAAAUAUUGGAUACUCGGCGGAAGAAAUCCAGUUCGAUCAGUGAUAACCAACUGUGUCACAUGCUUUCGAAACAAGCCUAAAACAGCGAACCAGUUAAUGUCCAACUUACCGGCUGUCCGUGUUACACCAUGUCAACGGCCUUUUCUACAUAGGGGAGUUGAUUUGUGUGGACCCAUUUUGUUGAGAACUUCAAAGAAGCCAGGUAGCAGAAUUUACAAAGGAUACGUGGUUUUAUUUGUGUGCAUGACCAUCAAAGCUGUUCACUUGGAACCCGUAAUCGAUCUAUCAUCAGAAGCAUUUUUAAUGAGUUUCCAGAGAUUCAUUGCUCGACGAGGUAAAUGCAGUGAUCUCUACUCAGAUCGAGGUACAAAUUUCAUUGGUGCACGCACGAUGCUUCGAAAAGACGAAGAAGAAUAUCUCAAAGCGAUUCAUUCAGCGCUUAAAGAUAAACUUGCCAAUUUGGGAGUCAACUUCCACUUCAAUCCACCCUCAGCUCCAUCCUUUGGUGGAAUUUGGGAGUCAAAUAUUCGCCGAACAAAGGAUCACCUCAAACGAGUCAUUGGCGAGAAAUCUUUGACAUAUGAUGAAUGGGCUACCAUUCUUGCAAGAAUCGAAAGCUGUCUGAAUUCCCGUCCGUUGAUACCAAUGUCCGAUGAUCCAGAAGAUUUGACUUAUCUAACUCCGGGACAUUUUCUGAUUGGAGACGCAAUGACAUCCGUACCUGAGCCAAAUGUUCUGGAAGUUUCAGUUCAACUUACUCAUCGCUAUCGAGCCAUGCUGAAACGAGUACAGUCAUUUUGGGCCCUUUGGAAAAAGAGUUACUUACACUCUCUUCAACAGCGUCAGAAGUGGUUGACAACACAACAAAAUCUACAAAUUGGUGAUGUGGUGUUAAUUAAGGAGGAGAAUUUUCCACCACUCAAAUGGUUGAUGGGGAGGAUAAUUAAAACGCAUCCUGGACCAGAUGGUUUGAUCAGAGUCUGUACAGUUAAGACCAAAGAAGGAACUUAUGUUCGUCCCAUUAUCAAACUGGCCCCGCUUCCGAUUGAUGAACACAAAAACGUAAUCAUGCUGACAUCAUUCCCAUCAGCUGUUGCCAAAAAAUCAUUUACCUUAGUCGUAGAGGGUAACAUCGGUUCCGGAAAAAGCACUUUGCUGAAUUAUUUCAACAAAUUCACCAAUAUUGACAUUCUUCCCGAACCAGUGGAAAAAUGGAGCAAUUUUGAAGGUGUUAAUUUGCUCGAUCUAAUGUUCAAAAACCGAAAAGAAUGGUUCGUUCCAUUCCAAAGCUAUGUAGCUCUCACCAUGCUUCAAAAUCAUUCAAGGACUACCGAUAAAAACUACAAGAUAAUGGAAAGAUCAAUCUAUAGCAUCACAAACUGCUUCAUUGAGGCGAGUAGAAUGAUGAAUUUAAUUCAUCCUGCCCAGAAUCAAAUAUUGAAGGAAAUGCUAGAAUUCAUUAUCGAAACCAGCCCGACCGAAGUUGACUUGUUUAUAUAUCUGCGAACAUCACCGGAGAUUGCCUUAAAUCGAAUGAGGAAGCGUGAUCGAGAAGAAGAAAAUGGCGUGGGUUUGGAAUACCUGAAAAUUCUACAUGAGUUACACGACAAAUGGUUAUUGAAAGAGUCAUCUAUACCCAUCAUCAUUUUAAACGGCGAUUUGAAUGAAACCGAAAUUAUGAACAUAAAUACCAUCCCGGUCCAUCACGAUUAUGGUAACAUCACUUAA